UUCCAUUUCUGCAGUGCAACUGCAGGAGAACCAUCUCUGCUGGAGGACCUAAAGAUCAAGACCAUAGCUGACAAGUACAGGAAGACCACAGUGCAGCUCCUGAUCCGUUUCCAUGACCAGAGGAAUGUGAUUGUUAUCCCCAAGUCUACAAUGCUUCACUGCAUAAACAAAAACAUUCAGGUCUUUGACUUUGAGCUGAGCGAGGAUGACAUGGUGAUUCUCAUGAGCUUCAACAGGAACUGGAGAGCCUCUCCCUUCAUCUGGUGAGCAUGGAUCUCAGAGGGUGGAGCCAACAACCACCUCUCACUAAUUCACAUCUGUAUACCAAAUAUGCUUAGAAACCCUGCAGCUCCUUGAAUUACUCCAUUCUCCAUCUUAUGUGUAUUCUUUUUGUUUGAGGGGAACAAACCGUAAAGCCUUUAAGCGAGUACUGAGCUCUCCAUUUGGCUAUGAAGGAGGAAGAAUCGGGACCACUGAGAUGAUCUCAUUGCUGUUUCCACACAGUGCAUGGACACUUGAGUCACACAACGUAGCAGUCUAGUAUACUGUAAGGAUCACUUGAAACAGUUUCAAACUUUUAAUCAUUUAGUGCAACUUUGUUUCCACCAAUACCGUUUAGGAUUUAC